AUGUCGGCCAACGCUCCCAUCGUGGUGAAGGAGGUGCUGCAGUUGACCUCCAUGGGGGUCAACCUGCAGCACGUGACCUUCACCAACACGACGAUGGAGUCAGAGAAGUUCAUCUGUGUGCGCGAGACGGGUGCCCAGAACAAUCUGCUGAUCGUGGACAUGGCCAGCCCGCAGCAGCCGAUGCGACGCCCUAUCACUGCAGACUCUGCCGUGAUGAACCCCACCAGGAAGGUUAUCGCCCUGAAGGCCGCGGUGCAGCAGGCAAGUGGACAGCCGGCUGCCACGGGUAACAGCCUGCAAAUAUUCGAUCUGGACACCAAGACAAAACUCAAGGCCUACACCACCACCGAGCCGGUCGUGUUCUGGAAGUGGAUAUCUCCCACCAAGCUGGGUCUGGUCACUGUCAGCUCAGUGUACCAUUGGGACCUUGAGGGCACAGCAGACCCUGUGAAGGUCUUUGACAGGACAGCCAAUUUGGCGAACACCCAGAUCAUUCAAUAUCGCGUGGACCCCGCUGAGAAGUGGUGUGUCUUGAUCGGCAUCGCCCCUGGCGCCCCUGAAAGGCCUGCUCUUGUGAAGGGCUUCAUGCAGCUGUACUCAGUGGACCAGAAGAGGAGCCAGGCCCUUGAGGCACAUGCCGCUGACUUCUCGACAGUGAAGUUUCCAGGCAAGGACGCCGCCAGCACUGCCAUCACUUUUGCACAGAAGACCUUGAAAGAUGGGCAGAUCCUAUCCAAACUGCACGUCAUUGAGCUGGGAGGAGCGGCAGGAGUUGCACCGAUCAAACGCCAGGCCGAGCUUUUCUUUCCCCAGGAGUUCCAAGACGACUUCCCAGUCGCAAUGCAAGUGAGCGCGAAGUAUGGGCUGAUCUAUGUGGUGACCAAACUGGGCAUGCUGUUUGUGUAUGACCUCGAGUCGGCAACAGCAGUGUACAGGAACCGGAUCAGCCCUGACCCCAUCUUCCUAACGGCGGACUCUCCAGGGACGGGAGGUUUUUAUGCCAUCAACAGGAGGGGCCAGGUCAUCCUUGCUGGCAUAAAUGAGGCCACUAUCGUCAACUUCGUGAGCCAAAACCUGAACAACCUGACCCUGGCCCUUGCGCUUGCCAAGAGGGGCAACCUCCCUGGGGCCGACCAGCUUGUAGGCCAACAGUUCACACAGCUGUUUGCCAGCCAGCAGUACAAGGAGGCUGCAGAGCUGGCCGCAGAGUCCCCACAGGGCGUCCUGCGUACAGCUGAAGUGAUGGAGAAGCUCAAGCAGAUCCCCGCACAGCCUGGCCAGAAGUCCCCCAUUCUGGUGUAUUUUGGCACGCUGCUGGGCAAGGGCAAGCUGAACACCAUUGAGAGUGUGGAGCUUGCUCGUCUCGUGCUGGCGCAGAACAAGAAGGACCUGCUCAGCAACUGGUGGAAUGAGAGCAAGCUAGAGGCGAGCGAGGAGUUGGGGGACCUGGUGAAACAGGCAGGCGACAACGACCUGGCACUCGCGAUGUACCAAAAGGCUGGGACGUCGUCGAAGGUGGUUGGGUCCCUGGCGGAGAAGGGCGACUUCGAGGAGCUGAUGAAGUACAGUGGCCAGACAGGCACAACGCCUGACUUCAUGUUCCUGCUGCAGAGCAUGAUGAUGAACAAUCAGGAGGGUGCAGUGGCUCUGGCCAAGAUGAUAUCCAAGCAGCCCAACCCGCCCAUCGAGAUCAACACCAUCACCGACUUGUUCCUGCAGCGGAACAUGAUUCGUGAGGCCACUGCCUACCUGCUGGAGGUGCUGCAGCCUGACCUACCCGAACAUGGCAGCCUGCAGACCAAGGUGCUGGAGAUCAACCUGAUCACCAACCCACAGGUCGGCGACGCGAUCUUGGGCAGUGGGAGCUUUUCUCACUACGAUCGGCCAAGGAUUGCACAGCUUUGCGAGAAGGCUGGUCUGUACAUGCGGGCUCUGCAGCAUUACACGGAGCUGCCAGAUGUGAAGAGAGUAAUCGUGAACACCCACGCCAUCGACCCAGCUGCCCUCACACAAUACUUUGGCACGCUUUCGGCUGACUGGGCUCUGGAGUGCCUACGGGAGAUGCUGACCACAAAUAUCCAGCAGAACUUGCAGCUUGUUGUGAAUGUUGCAAAGGAGUACACAGAUCAGUUGACACCCAAGUCGAUCAUCGAGGUGUUCGAGAGCUUCAACAGCUACCACGGUCUGUUCUACUACCUUGGUGCCCACAUCGCCUUCUCUGAGGACCCUGAUGUGCACUACAAGUACAUUGAGGCUGCAUCCAAGAUUGGACAGCUGAAGGAGGUGGAGCGCGUGACCCGUGAGAGCAGUGUGUACCCACCGGAGAAGGUGAAGGCAUUCCUGAUCGAGGCUAAGCUCCCAGACGCCCGGCCGCUCAUCAAUGUGUGUGACCGCUUUGACAUGGUGGAGGACCUGACACAGUACCUGUACAGCAACAACAUGCUCAGGUUCAUUGAGGGCUAUGUGCAGAAGGUCAACCCUGGAAAGACCCCACAGGUUGUGGGGGCUCUCCUGGAUGCCGAGGCCUCAGACGACUUCGUGACGAACCUCAUUAUCUCGGUGCGGGCCCUGCUGCCCGUGGAGAGCCUUGUGGAAGAGGUGGAGAAGCGAAACCGCCUCAAGAUCCUGACCCCCUUCCUGGAGCACCUCAUAAACGAGGGCAGCACGGACGUGCAUGUGCACAACGCCAUUGCCAAGGUCAUCAUUGACACCAACAACAACCCGGAGCACUUCCUCACCACCAACCCGUACUAUGACUCACUGGUGGUGGGCAAAUACUGUGAGAAGAGGGACCCCAACUUAGCAUGCGUGGCUUACAAGCGGGGUCAGUGCGACGAUGCCUUGGUGGAGUGCACAACCAGGAACUCCCUGUUCAAGCUGCAGGCCAGGUAUGUCGUGGAGCGCCAGGAUGUGGACCUGUGGACGAAGGUGCUGGACCCUGAGCGCGAAAACCGCCGCCAGCUUAUCGACCAGGUUGUGUCCACGGCCCUUCCUGAGUCCAAGAACCCUGAACAGGUGUCCACCACAGUCAAGGCCUUCAUGGCCGCUGAUCUGCAGUCCGAGCUCAUCGAGCUGCUGGAGAAGAUCGUCCUACAGAACUCAGCCUUCUCAAACAACGCGAACCUGCAAAACCUGCUGAUCAUCACGGCCAUCAAGGCUGACAAGACGCGUGUGAAGGAUUACAUCCACAGGCUAGACAACUUCGAUGGCCCUGCGGUCGCGGAAAUCGCUGUGGGGUAUGAGCUCUUCGAUGAAGCAUUCGAGAUCUACCAGAAGUUUGCGUACAAGGUGGAGGCGAUCAAGGUGCUGCUGGACCACAUGGAGGACCUGGACCGUGCGAUGGACUUCGCCACCAAGAUCGACGAGGCCAACGUGUGGUCUGAGCUUGCGCACUCCCAGCUGGAGCACGGUCUGGUGGCCGAGGCGAUCGCAUCGUACCUGCGUGGCGCUGACGCCUCCAAAUACGUCCAAGUGAUCGACAAGUCCCAAGACGCCGAGUGCUUCGAGGACUUGGUCAAGUACUUGCUGAUGGCCAGGAAGAAGGUGAAGGACGCCAAGGUGGACACAGAGCUCGUUUACGCCUACGCGAGGAUCAACCAGCUGGGGGCUCUGGAGGAGUUCAUCACGGGCUCGCACCAGGCCAACCUGCAGUCGUGCGGUGACCGUGCGUUCAACGAGGGGCUGUACGAGGCGGCGCGGAUCCUGUACGCCAGGAUACCCAACUGGGGACGCCUUGCCUCCACCUUUGUCCGUCUUCACAGGUUCCAGGAUGCCGUGGACGCUGCACGGAAGGCCAACUCGCCAAAGACCUGGAAGGAGGUGUGCUAUGCCUGCGUGGAGGAGUCUGAGUUCCGGCUGGCCCAGCUGUGCGGCCUGAACAUCAUCAUCAACGCGGACGACCUCGAGGAGGUGUCUGAGUACUACCAGUCCCGUGGCCACUUCGACGAGCUCAUCAACCUGAUGGAGAGCGGCAUCGGCCUUGAGCGCGCCCACAUGGGCAUCUUCACGGAGUUGGGCACACUGUACGCAAAGUACAAGCCCGAGAAGCUGAUGGAGCACCUGAAGCUGUUCUCCACGCGGCUGAACAUCCCGAGGUUGAUCCGCGUGUGCGAGGACCAGCAGCACUGGAAGGAGCUGACUCAUCUGUACGUGCAGUAUGACGAGCACGACAAUGCAGCGAUGGUGAUGAUGAGCCACUCGCCGGACGCCUGGGAGCAUGUGUCCUUCAAGGAUGUUGCUAGCAAGGUGAACAGCGUCGAGGUGUACUACAAGGCCAUCAGCUUCUACCUUGAGGAGCACCCCGACCUGCUGACGGACCUGCUCAAGGUGCUGGAGUCCCGGCUGGACCACACGCGCGUGGUGGGCAUCCUGCGCCGCGCGGGUGUCGUGCCCGUGGGCAAGGAGUACCUCCUGACCGUCCAAAAGAGCAACCUCAACGAGGUGAAUGAGGCCGUGAACGAGCUCCUGAUCGAGGAGGAGGACUUCGAGGGCCUGCGGUCCAGCAUAGAGACCUACGACAACUUCGACAAGCUCGCCCUGGCCAGCCGCCUGGAGAAGCACGAGCUGCUUGAGUUCAGGCGGAUAGCGGCCUACGUGUACAAAAAGAACCUCAAGUGGCGCAAGGCGGUGACCCUGGCCAAGCAGGACAAGCUGUACAAGGAUGCGAUGGAGACCAGCGCACAGAGCGGGGACGCGGAGCUGGCAGAGGAGCUGCUUAGGUUCUUCGUGGAGGAGCGGGAGAGGGAAUGCUUCGCUGCGAUGCUGUACACGUGCUACGACCUCAUCAAGCCAGACGUGGCGAUGGAGGUGGCGUGGAUGAACGGCCUGACAGACCUGGCGAUGCCGUACAUGAUACAGGUCAUGAGGGAAUACCACGGCAAGGUGGACAUGCUGAUGACCCAGAGGCGGGACGCAGAGGAGCAGGCAAGGCAGGACGAGCAGACGGCACGCGAUCAAGAAGCCGCACGAAACGCCUACCAGACCCUGAUGCCCCUUGCGCUCCCGGCACCCCCGACUCCUGGCGUUCCCCAGCCUGGGAUGGACAUGGGCGCUGGAGGCGUGCCCUAUGGAGGGGGGAUGCCCUAUGCAGCUGCUCCCCAGUUUUCUUGA